AUGCCAAAGCCAUCCAAAUCCGCAAAAUCAUCCGUAGGGCGAGAAGAUGGCGCCAUCGUGGUCACGAGCCAGCAGAGUCGCUUCCACGCUGACGCCGUCGAUGUACCAACCUCGAAAGAUAUCGAUGUCAAAGAUUUAACGCUGUCCGUCGGCGGGCGGGAAUUAUUGGAUCACGCCCAUCUACGAAUCCUGGCAGGUGUCCAUUAUGUGCUCGCAGGGAGGAACGGAACCGGGAAGAGUUCACUGCUCCGAGCAUUAGCAGAACGUCGCGUUCCCGGUGCACCAAGCAAUCUGCGUUUAUUGCUGUUGGGCCAGACCCGUGUCAGCUCAGACGCAGGAGUUGACCCUGCCGAAGCAGAAGAGUCUUCACAAUCUGUCCUUGAACAUGUUACAAGGAGUGAUCACCGUCGGGAACGUGCUCUGAAAGACGCAAAUAGCAUGCCACCUCUCUCUGCGGCCGUCAUGACAGUGCGGUCACUUCAGAUCGAACAAGCCAAGCAACAAUUCGCCGAAGUCCAAUUGAUAGCGGAAAGACGAAGUGGCGCCAGAGGCCUGAAAGCACGUCAGAUGCUCAUUGCCAAGGAAAAGGCCGUGCAAGAGGCCCAAAAAAGGUAUGAGGAGUCGUACACGGUCGAGGACGAGCAAGACGCCAUCAAAACUGGACUCGACAUGCUGGAGGCAACCCGAUUAGCUCUUGAAGCCAUGGAUGCGGGUAGCACCGAAGCUCGGGCUCGCACGGUACUGCUGGGUCUCGGAUUUUCUGAUGACCACAUCGAAAAGCCGGUCAAAUCAUUGUCAGGGGGAUGGCGAACUCGUAGCGAUCUGGCAUGCGCUUUAACCCAACAAACAGACGUUUUAAUGCUGGAUGAGCCCACCAACUUUCUCGAUCUUCCCGCCAUCCUUUGGCUGCAAAAGUACAUCACCCAUUCUUUGGCCAAGACAUCGGUCAUCGUCGUCACGCACGAUCGGGACUUCGCCGAUGCCAUCGCUCAGGAACUGCUCCUCGUCCGGCUGGCACCCGCGAAAACGCUGGAGGUCUUCAAGGGCAACUUGAGUGCGUAUGAAGGCGAGAAGCGUCGACAGAUCCGACGAAUGACCAAAAUGUUUGAAGCUCACGAAAAAAUGACAAGACAUAUGGAGGACACGAUCGCUAAGAAUGUCAAGGCCGCCAAACGGACGGGGGAUGAUAAGAAACUGAAACAGGCGGCAUCACGCAAGAAGAAAUUGGAAGAGAGGUCCGGUCUUGAAGUAGGCCAACACGGAGGCCGAUUCAAGUUGAACCGAGACCUUGCAGGCUAUCAUCUGAGGGGUCGUGCUGAGAUCGAAAUUCCCGAGUUCGAUCCCCCGGUCACAAUUACGCUGCCGGAUCAACCAUCUUCCCUCCGUCAGGCCGGUCCGCUCUUCAGCUUCGACAAGGUCUCCUACACGUAUCCUCGGUCCGGAGUUUGGACUCUGAAAGACAUUGACCUCGUAAUGCACCCGGGCGAGCGGAUCGACUUGGCAGGAUUGAACGGCAGCGGAAAAUCAACGCUCGUCAAGCUCUUGAUGGGAGCAGCCACGCGUGGAGAUCCGCGGCCAAGCAAAGGAUCCAUCACAGUACAUUCCCAAGCGCGAGUUGCGUGCUACUCGCAGCAUGCGGUGGAAGAACUAGAAGACAUUGGUCGACAAAAUCCGGAGAGAACGGCACUGUCACACUUGAUGCAGCUCCAAGGUUGGACUCUGGACGAACAAACGGCCCGAGGGACACUGGCCAAACUUGGUCUUCGAGGCAAUACCGUGACAGAUGUGCCAUUGGCGGGCCUGUCUGGAGGACAGCGAGUGCGUCUUGCCCUAGCCGAAGUAUUUUUCAAUUCGCCUCACCUCCUGGUGUUGGACGAGGUCACCACUCAUUUGGACGCGGACACCAUCGACGGACUGAUCGACGCGCUUAAAUCGUGGAAAGGGGCUCUUUUGAUCGUCACGCACGACCGACAUUUCAUGCGCUGCGUGGUUGACCGAGAGAAGAUAGUCAGGGACGAUGCGGGAGAAGAUGGCAGUGAGAGCGACGAGUCGGAGGAUGAGACACCAGGUACGGUUUACCACGUGCGCAAGGCUGGUCUAAGAAGGCUCGAGAGCGGUAUGCAGCAUUAUGAAGAGAUUGUAUGGAAGACGGUGGACAAGCUGGGGGUCUAG